AAUUGGUUUCUCUCUCUCUUUCUCUCUCUGAUGCUACAUGGACAAGACUCUAGACUCCAGUAUAUAGAGUCUGCUUCUAAAACAUAGACCCUAGAGAGAGAAAACUAGAUAGAGUAAGCAAAAACCAAAGAGCUACUAGUCUUAAUUUAUGUCUCAAAAGAUAUAGUCUAGCUACAGAGAUUAUCAUCAUCUGUUAUAUGCACUGUAGCACCACCAUAACUUAGCCAAAUUUCCUAGAAAAAAAACCCCAUCUCAAUCUCAUAAAUUCAAAAGAAAAAAGCCCAUCUCAGCUGAUAAAGUUUGUUUUUCCGGUAGAAAAAAUGGAGGACAAUGGUAUGGUUCAUGGGAAUCUUGAUCCUAGAGCCCAAGAAUUCAUACCAAGAUAUCCUUUUCACCAACCCCAUAACAAUUCUUUACCUUUGCUCCCUAAUCAAUUUUACUAUCCUGCUUAUCCAUGUCCACAACAGUUGCCGCCGCCGUUGCCGCCUUCGUUACCGCCAUACGGUGAUGGUGUUGGAUACCAUCAAGUUACACACACGGCGUACGUUAGCUCAAACCCACCUAUGCCUACGCCUUUUUUGCCACCUCCAAGUUCAAUGGCUACAAGAACUUUGUUGUUAAGUAUGGUUCCAGUUGAAGUGAGUGAGUCUAUAGUGAGAAGGGAUUUGGAAGUUUUUGGAGAUGUUCGAGCAGUGCAAAUGGGUAGGUUAAGAGAAGGGAUUGUAACGGUUCAUUUUUAUGAUUUGAGGCACGCGCGGACGGCGUUGACGGAGAUUCAAGAACAGAACAUGCAACAGCAGUGUCGUUUAAGGAGGCAUUAUGAGGAGUCUAUUUAUUCUACUACUAUGGGUGGUUUAAUUCUUCCCCCUCUUCCACUUCCUCCCCCGGCGCGUGGGCUCAUUGCUGGAAGAGCUGUUUGGGCUCAGUUUACUUUCCCUCUGACUUCUGGUCUUCCUGAUGGGAAUAACCAAGGGACACUUGUGAUUUUCAAUUUGGACUCUCAUACUUCUUCUAAUUAUCUUAGAGAUAUUUUUCAAGCUUUUGGGCAUGUGAAGGAAUUGAGAGAGACACCAAUGAAGAGGCAUCAAAGGUUUGUGGAGUUUUAUGAUGUAAGAGAUGCAGCAAGGGCUUUAAUGGAGAUGAAUGGAAAGGAGAUAAAUGGAAAGCAACUGUUGAUUGAAUUCAGUAGGCCAGGUGGAAAUAGCAGAAGAUUUUCAAGACCUAAUUUUCCAUCACCUAAAUUCAGUCGUAAUUCAAUAAACAACAAUUAUAAUUCUUCUCCUCCACAAAAACCUCAAAGGGUGUACACUUCACAUUCCCAGAAAUCAAAUUAUGGAAACCCUAGUGGAAGUGAGAACAGUUCAGGUAGUGGGUCUAUUCAAGAUUCAUUGGCAUCUUUGUGUAUAUCAAGUAAUGUUAGGCCUGGGAAAAUCAAGAAUGCUAAAACAUAUAAUAAAAGUAUUAGUCCAAGCAGUAGCAGUGUUACAACUACUUCUUCGUCGAAGCAGCAACCACAACAAAUUUUGCUACAAAUUAAGAGCAAUAAACCAUGGAAACAGGCCAGAGAUUAUGAUCCUCGUUUUCUAAUUAACGAAGAUGCCAUUAUGGAAUCAAAUUGCAGUGAUACCAGAACUACUGUCAUGAUUAAAAACAUACCCAACAAGUACAGUCAGAAGCUGCUGCUGAACAUGCUGGACAACCACUGCAUUCACUGUAACGAGCAGAUUGCCGACGGCGAUGAUCAGCAGCAGCCAAAAUCCUCCUACGAUUUCGUUUAUCUUCCCAUUGAUUUCAUUAACAAGUGCAACGUGGGAUAUGGAUUCGUGAACAUGACUUCACCACAGGCAACUUUGAGACUCUACAAAGCUUUUCACCAUCAAAGUUGGGAGGUCUUCAACUCUAGAAAAAUCUGCCAAGUUACUUAUGCUAGAUUACAAGGAAUAGAAGCACUAAAAGAACAUUUCAAGAACUCAAAGUUCCCAUGUGAAGCAGAGGAAUACAUGCCAGUAAUAUUCUCACCACCUCGAGAUGGCAAGUUAUUAACAGAAGCUGUUCCUAUAGUGGGUCGAGUAAUGAACCCUCCUCCUCCAUUACUCCUUUCUGCCGUCACUUCCGAUUCUGCUUCGAUGGAACAACAGUUGGUGGAAGAGGUUGGUAGACUAGUAGAUGAUAAUGAAAAUGGCUAUAUGGACAGAAGUAAUGAUGACGAAGAAGCGAGAAACGGCGGCGUUGGUGUUGGUGUUGGUGUUGGUGUUGGUGUUGGUGUUGGUGUUGGUGUUGGUGUUGGUGAAGAUUACGAUGACGACAACAACAAUGAUUCAAGAUCAUUUGCUUCCAUCUGCAUGUUAAGUAACUAAGGCCGAAAGAUUUUAUACUUCUACAAAAUCCUAUGAAGAAAAAGAAAAGAUUUCAUUUCAUUUCAUGUGGAAGGGAAAAAAAUCGACCACUCCCCAUUGCAGAAAUCUGGCACAAAAGAGAGAAUUAAGUGUAAAGAAACAGCUUGCUACCACCCAAUGGGUUUGCGUGUAAAUCUCUCACUCAAAAAAGCACUCUUCUCUCUACCUCGAUCAAGGGAAAAGAACCCCAUACUCCUCUCACAUACUUGUGUAGUGUAGUUGUAAGUUUAGCAUUUUACUAUUCUCUCUCUGUUGGAUAAUUUCUUCUGUCUUUGCAACAUUGGUCUGUUUUCGUAGUAAAAAUCUUUUGCAUUCAAAGCAAGAAUUCCAUCUUUUUCGUUUU